ACAUUGUUAAACGAUGUUCAAUUCUGUUGUGUUUUUAACUAUUCUGGCGUACGCUAUUGCCGAUUCCUCAUAUUUUGGACCUGGUUUAUCAAAUCAAGUCGAAAAAAUAUUUUUCAAUAGCAACCCUUCAUCAGAAUGCGUUGAUGACGGCAAACUCUUCAAGCAAUGUUUCGGAGAUAAAAGCAUACCUCAGUUUGCAGACGUAGUUGGCACGCUAACAACUGAAUGGCUAGAUUCUUCAAUUUUUGUCGAUGAAACACGCGCCGCUUCGAAAUGCAUUAGAACGCCAACAUGUAACAAGAUCAAACUUGCAAAGUAUCUUAUGGAUUUAAUUGUUUAUAGAGGUAACAAAUUCUUAGCCCAGGACUCGACUGUUUCAAUAAGAAUGAAAUACUGGCUGCCACAUUUGGGUGCUCAAUGGUAGACUUCAGUGGGCCAGAGUUUAAUGAAAAGUACUCUAGAUGCAUUACAAGUUUUCAAAAAUGUGAUGAAAAUGCUCAAAAGACAAGAGUCUUAAAAGCUGUUAUGGUAUUCAACGAGCUACUUCAAAUCGCCAUAAUCACGGCCUCUCUUCAUUUCAAAAAAUAAAUCAAAUUGACGUGAUGAACUUUCUCUGCGUCUCUCAUGGGCGAGAGAGUGAGCUUUUUGAGCCGAAUUUGUACUGAAAACGGUAAAAUAGGCCGGAAACGGCUGAUAGUGAACAAAAUCUAAUAAAAAUUUACUAACUGCCUGAUCAAACACAUAGAAAUUAUAUGAAAAAAGGGCAAAAUUGUAAAUCACCUAUGAAUACGCCCACAUGUGAAAGUUCAAAAUUAGUGAUUUUCCAGACAAAACUGAUUAAAGCCGGCGAUUCGCUGAUAAAUCUUUAAGUUUUUUAUUAAUAUAUUGUCAAUUAAGACUAAGUGUAUCUAUUUUUAUGCAAAUAUCUAGGUUAGUGAUGUUCACGACGCCGGCAGACGGAAAAACAAAAGGCUACCUCGAAAAAUGGAUUUUUUCGAGACCUCUAGUGAUCCUUGAAAAGAGAAAUUUGAAAAUUGAAAGCCACCAUUUUGUAGAUAAUUUUUUUCUGAUUAUUUUCUGUUUUUGAUGAAGGUUUUUUGAUGAAAAU